AUGAUCAGAUUAGAAUAGAAAAUAGAAACUAAAGCUUUAUUGCCUCGUCUCAAAUAAAAAUCCAUCAAUGACAAUACCAUGUAUACAAUUUAGUUACUACGCAAAACCAUACAUCAAAUGACAAACAAAUAUUCGGAACCUCAGCCCAGAUAAAUGGCAUCCAAAAUGUUACCUGCUCAAAAAGUGAAGAGAUUAAAUUAUUCCUACACUAAAGAGUACUCUCAAAACCACCAAAGUUAAUCAAUUGAACAAUAUCAAAGAGCAUCCACAUAAACUAUCACCAACUUCAACAUUGAUUAUAAAAAGAGUUCGCCAGAUAACUUCAAGAUGAAAGUAACAAAAUCUCCCAACCUGCCCAUUAAUUCAAUCCAAAUUUUUUAGCAAUUUAGAAAUAGGUUUUAAACCAUGGACAUAAAUGACAGGUUCAAAAACCUAAAAAAUAGAGCAUUAUCCCAGAAAUACGGAAAAAGAACCAGAUCUGUUUCUCAAUAAAAAUGA